AUAUACGUACUGCUGUGUUGCCGUCCACUGCAUCGUGGCUGUUCUUUGACAGCGCGUUUUCGUUUCACUCACAUGUUGUCUACGCGCGUUGUAUUCGCGUUAUCAAAUUAUCAUUACAGUGCUGUCGAGCGGUAACCAUAAAACGGUUGUGCUCUACCACUUGGUUGGUUCUUCAUUUUAUGACUGAAAGCUCGCGUAGCGCGGAAGCGUCGCCACGGUCGCGUGUUUUGACAGCGCCUCGUACAAAGGCGUCUGCUGUUAGUUUGCUGCUGCUGCAGUUGCAAAAUUUUCGGGAACGGCUCUUGGUCGAAAAAAAGGCCCAGCCAUGGAGCGGUGCUGCUGCGUGCCUCUCUGCCGCUCGCGUCCUGCUCCGGGUUUCAUCGCGUUCCACCCGCUGCCUGCGGAACCGUGCGUGCGCCAGGCGUGGAUCGAGUUCGUGCGUUCCUGUCCCAGAGGCGGCGUGCGCGAAUGGGCGCCUCCGCCAUCCGGCGAGGCGUUCGUGUGCCACCGACACUUCGCGCUCGGCUCCUUCGAUUUCCGACAGGAGGACGGUCGCCCGAGCGUGCUCAGGGCGUACCUGAAGGCCGAUGCCGUGCCCACCGUCUACCUCGACGAGGAAGGCCGGUUCGUCGCCGCCGCCGCGGACAAGGCAGGUACCCAGGGAAGCAGUGUUCGAGCGCAGGCUGUCCAAGGUUCACAAGAAAACAGCUGUCCAAGCACAAGCUCGCAAGGCACAAUUUGUCCCAGCAAGAAGCAUCAAGUGCCGUCCUUGACGAAGCAGCUUAUUGCAGCCAAAGUAGCCCGGAUGGAAGCAGGCACGCAGUCUGAAGUCAAGGCGGCUGGAGAGUCCAUAUCAAGUACCGUCAGUGCUGCUGUUUCAUCCAUGGAAGACAGUGGGGCUGAUUUGUCGAGAACUAUGAGUGCACCUGAGGUUACCUUGCAUCCAAACCCAGAGCCAUCUAGGGAGGAAGGCUCGUGUGGCAGAACACGUACCAGGAACAAACGGCAAGCAUGCUCUGUCACGAGGCAGCACGUCAUGGCCAAAGUUGCUCGACUGCACGCAAGCGUGCAGGACAAAGUUGAGGAGGCCGCCAAGUCCGCAUCGUGCUCCGUUGGAGCAGGUCCCACAUCCAUGGAAGGCAGCGUGGGAAACGCCUCCAAAAGCGCGCAGGCUGCAGGAACUUUGGAUGCAUCCGACGUUGCCUUGAAUGCAGAAACAGAGGAUCCAGCUGAAGAGAAAGCUUUGGACUGGUGCCCAGCAGGACCGUCUUCGUGCAACCGUGUCAGUUGGCCCAAUGCUGUGACGAGCAGUCUGAUACGCAUUUGGGAAGAUUACUACCCAAAACUGAACUCCAACACGGAGAACACGUCCCUUUACGAGGAAAUGGCGGCAAAGCUCAAUGCUGGUCUUUCACCUGGGGAAGCGCUCUAUACGGCUAACCAAGUGCUAGUCAAGAUAAACAGACUGAAGAAACGUUAUUGGAAGGAGAAGCGUACGGGCUGUGCCAGGGGGGGGUCCAGUGGCCGAGAGUGGUCCAUCCGGCUUCACAGUUUUCUGGGAUCACUUCCAGCCAGCGAUGACGAUCAGCUCGUGGAUCAGAACGUGGAGGUUGAAGUGGUGGCCGAAGAACCCGAGGAAGUUGAGACACCUCCAUUGCUUCACCAAGGCGCAGACAAAACGGAGUGUUUGGGUAGCAGGGAGAGCGAGUCGGACAUGGCCGACUUUUUGAGCUCGACUAGUGACUCGGAGGAGUCGUCAGAUGUGACGAGCAGCGAAAGCAACGGCAGCAACAAGUUAUGUGUCGGCAAUGCUGCCGCGAAGCGACGCAUCCGCAGAGGAGUCUCCAACUCUUUCCUGUGGCAACUUGUGGCGAUUCAGAAGGAGUCUGCAAGGCGGGCAGCUGAAGACGACCGAAAGCACCUGGAGAUGAGAAACAAGGUGCUCAAACUCCAGGAGGAGUCCACUCGCAUGAACACAAAGAUGAUGGAAAUGGUAACCAAUUACUUUACUUCCAGAAGUAAUAAAGAAUAGCAUUUGUGGUCUUGGCA